UUGGAUGAGAUACCGGCACCGGAAGAUGAUGGUAAAUUGAUACGGAGGAACUCGUGUGAUGUUGAUCCAUGAUUUGUGAUGUUUUCAGAUAAAGGAUCGUCACAUAUUCUGAUGAAUGAUGUAUAAAUGUUAAUAAACAUUGUAUAUAUAAUAUAUAUAUAACACGUCGUUUAUAUAUUUUAUAUCUGUUCGAUUUUAUAUCUGAGAGGUGUAUAAUAUGGAUUCCCUUGAUAAAGACUCCUCCUCUUGUUAUGCCACAGUGAAUGGUAUAAAUGAUGAUGAAUUUAGUAGUGAUGCCAAAGUUAAAAAAGAUAUAAAAGAUGACAAAAACAGUCAACGAUUCAAGAUAGAUCCCUAUUAUGCACCGAAAAUAUUAAGAAAAAAUUUGAAUAUGCUUGUUCGAGCUCCAUCUUCGGAUUCAUCCACAGAUCAGGCUUUAGUAUUAGUAUUAUAUACUGGUGGAACUAUUGGAAUGAUGAAAACAGAUAAAGGAGUUUAUGCACCUCAGGCAGGAAAACUAGAGAAUGGAAUUCGUAAUUUUCCAAAUUUACAUGAUGAAAAAUAUGUAGCAGAAAAUUUUUUAAAAAUGAAUGACAAGCUUCCUCUAGCACUUCCAAAAAUGGACUACAGUCAUAAAAGACUUGUUUAUGUUAUUUAUGAAUAUGAACCACUCUUGGAUUCUUCAAAUAUGACAAUGGAUGAUUGGAUCCGUAUUGCCCUAGAUAUUAAAGAAUUUUAUGAAUUAUUUGAUGGCUUUGUUAUCCUUCAUGGUACAGAUACAAUGGCAUAUACAGCUUCAGCUCUUUCUUUCAUGUUUGAACAGUUAGGAAAAUCUGUUGUAAUUACAGGAUCCCAGAUUCCAUUAUUUGAAACACGUAGUGAUGGACGAGAAAAUUUCCUAUGUUCACUUAUUAUAGCAGGGAUUUAUAAUAUUUAUACUGGUGGAACUAUUGGAAUGAUGAAAACAGAUAAAGGAGUUUAUGCACCUCAGGCAGGAAAACUAGAGAAUGGAAUUCGUAAUUUUCCAAAUUUACAUGAUGAAAAAUAUGUAGCAGAAAAUUUUUUAAAAAUGAAUGACAAGCUUCCUCUAGCACUUCCAAAAAUGGACUACAGUCAUAAAAGACUUGUUUAUGUUAUUUAUGAAUAUGAACCACUCUUGGAUUCUUCAAAUAUGACAAUGGAUGAUUGGAUCCGUAUUGCCCUAGAUAUUAAAGAAUUUUAUGAAUUAUUUGAUGGCUUUGUUAUCCUUCAUGGUACAGAUACAAUGGCAUAUACAGCUUCAGCUCUUUCUUUCAUGUUUGAACAGUUAGGAAAAUCUGUUGUAAUUACAGGAUCCCAGAUUCCAUUAUUUGAAACACGUAGUGAUGGACGAGAAAAUUUCCUAUGUUCACUUAUUAUAGCAGGGAUUUAUAAUAUUCCAGAGGUAACAAUUCUGUUUGAUAAUAAACUCUUUCGUGGAAAUCGUACUAGUAAAAUAAGUACUUCAAGUCUAAAUUGUUUCAACUCUCCUAACAUGAGACCUCUUGCUAAAAUAGGUAUUAGGAUUCAAGUUGAAGAAAAGGAUAUUUAUCGUUCACCAAAAAUUAAAAGAUUUAGAGUACACAGUACUUUAAACAGGAAUGUUGGUUUGUUACGGUUAUUUCCAAGUAUAACUGUUGAAGUGGUAAGGGCAUUUAUGAGUCCACCCAUUGAAGGAGUGGUAUUACAAACUUAUGGUGCUGGAAAUGGACCUACAGGUCGAACUGAUAUUUUGGAAGAAAUUAAGAGUGCUACUAGUCGUGGUGUUAUUAUCGUUAACUGUACACAAUGUAAUACAGGAAAAGUGGAUAAUUCCUAUGAAACGGGAAAUAUUUUGUUAGAAUUAGGAGUUGUUCCAGGUUCAGACAUGACUCCUGAAGCUGCCUUAACAAAACUCAGUUAUGUUUUGAGUAAAAGUGAGUGGUCUUUAGAAACUAAAAGACAGGAAAAAGAAACUUUACGUAAUGCUCUGUAUCCUUCAAUAGUGUGCAGUAUUGCCGCUGCAAAUAAUUUAGAAAAACUAGAAGUCAUGCAACAAUUUGGAGUCUAUUUUUCAACUUGUGAUUACAAUCAGCGAACACCAUUGCAUGUUGCAUCAAUUCUGGGCCACACACGAGUGGUAGAGUACCUCCUGCACCAUGGUGCCAAUGUACAUUUGAGAGAUUUUGAUCACAAAACUCCUUUACUCAAUGCUAUUGAACAUGAUCAUCAUGAUAUAAUCAAAUUAUUAAUACAAGCAGGUGCAAGCUUGAAUUUACCUUCUGUAAAUGUAGGUGAUUUAUUAUGUAGGGCUGUGAAGAAGAGCAGAAUUCAGAGAAUAGUGUCACUUUUAUUAGCUGGUGCUAAUAUUAAUGAGCGUGACUGUGGACAACGUACAGCAUUACACAUUGCAGUGGAAAUGAACAAUGAAGAAAUUGUUGAAUUUUUAUUAAAACAUAAAGUAGACACUACUUGUACAGAUAUUUAUGGAAGAACAGCAUUGGACAUUGCAAAAAUUUUAAAUCGACAAAAUUUAAUUCAGCUGCUUGAAAAAAAUAAUAAAGUUUCUCCUCUUGUAAAUGGUAUCUGAAAUCAAACAUUUGGAGCUUAUAAAAAUAAAUAAUUCCAUAUAAAUUUCAAUUGCACUUUCUAGACUAGAUUUUACUACACAAUAUUUUAAUAAGUUUAUGUUUUAACAACACAGCUUAAAUUCUUAAUGAUAUAAUUUUUAAUUUCAUCAAUAUAGAAUAUACAGUUUUUUAUUUUUUGCAAAAUUAUAUCUAGCAUAAAUAGGAUAUGUUAAAAAAUGUAAUGAAACGAAGGUUGUGAAUCUCUGAUCCUUCCAUCUGGAAGAAAGGGAAGGAAUAUGUUCCAUCCAUCUAAUUUUGUUUUAUUUGUUAAAAAUUAUAGAUUUAUUAUUUACAGUUUAUUUAUGGACCAGAAAUAAAAUACAGAACUUAAAAACAGAUUUAUUUAAUAUAUUAGUUGAUGUUGGAUUUUAUUUUUGAUAAGUACCAUCAAUCAGUUGUAAAAUUUUGUAUUAUAUUUUAACAUGUAUUUAAUAACUUGAUGAAAGUGAUUGCAUGUUAUGAUUUAGAAAUUUUUGUUAUUAAAUAAUACUUUUUUCUUUAAUUAGAAAUGUAAAGUGUAAAGAAAUAAAGAAAAUAUAUAUAUGUACCAAUGUGUUAGUAUUUCAUUG